CAGCAGGGGGUUUGAGAGGGAUCCUCAGGCUCAGGCUGAAGCCCGGAGAGUCGAGCUGCAGAGCGGGUACAAGUCGCCCCUGGUGCCUCUCUCUCUCUCUCCUCACUCUCUCCCUCCUCUCUCUCCCUCCUACCUCUCUCUCUCUCUCUCUGUGGGGGAGUCUCUCUCUCUCCCUCUCGGUACCGAUUCUGGUCCAGACGCCAUUCCUGCUUCGCCAGUCUUCAGUGAAGGGGGACCCUACAGACCGUCGGGACCAUGCUGACCCUCCUGACCACCAUGUACCUGGUGGUUCGGGCGGUUUCCUCCCGGGCUGAACCAAUCCGUGUUGUGGUGACCGGCGCUGCAGGCCAGAUCGCCUACUCCCUGCUGUACAGCAUCGCCAAGGGAGAUGUGUUCGGAAAGGACCAGCCAAUCGUCCUGAUGCUGCUGGACAUUCCCCCCAUGCUGCCGGUGCUGGAGGGAGUCGUCAUGGAGCUGCAGGACUGCGCCCUCCCACUGCUGAGGGACGUGAUCCCCACUGACAAGGUGGAGGUGGCCUUCAAGGACGUUGACGCCGCCAUCUUGGUGGGCUCAAUGCCCAGGAAGGAGGGGAUGGAGAGGAAGGACCUGCUGAAGGCCAACGUGGCCAUCUUCAAGACCCAGGGGUCUGCGCUCGACAAGCACGCCAAGAAGACCGUGAAGGUUCUGGUCGUCGGAAACCCGGCUAACACCAACUGCCUGAUCGCCUCCAAAUCUGCUCCAUCCAUCCCUAAAGAGAACUUCUCCUGCCUGACCCGCCUGGACCACAACAGAGCCUCCUCUCAGGUGGCGAUGCGUUGCGGCGUUUCCGCUGACCACGUGAAGAACGUCAUCAUCUGGGGAAACCACUCCUCCACCCAGUACCCCGACGUCCACCACGCCAAGGUCAACGUCAACGGCUCCGAGACGGCCGCCUACGACGCCGUGAAAGACGAAGCCUGGCUCAGAGGAGACUUCAUCUCCACAGUGCAGCUGCGUGGUGCAGCCGUCAUCAAGGCCAGGAAGCUGUCCAGCGCCAUGUCUGCCGCCAAGGCCAUCUGCGAUCACAUGAGGGACAUCUGGUUCGGCACCAAGGAGGGUGAAUUCAUCUCCAUGGGAGUCUUCGCCAAAGGAAACUCCUACGGCAUCCCAGAGGACCUCAUCUACUCCUUCCCUGUUCAGAUCAAGAACAAGACCUGGAAGAUGGUCGACGGACUCCCCAUCAACGACUUCUCCCGCGCCAAGAUGGACGCCACAGCGGCCGAGCUAGUCGAGGAGCGUGACACCGCCAUGGACUUCCUGUCCCAGUGACUGUCUCCCCCCGCUGGUCAACAGCAGCAACAGCACUUAGACGCCCUGAAGGCUUGCUGCUCGCGGCUCUGAUGAAGAAGAAACCUUCCAUUCUUAUAAACCGUCCCAGCUGCCGUCUGUGUGUCACCUCUCUCCGUGUGUGUGUGUGUGUGUGCGUGUGUGUGUGUGUCUGUGAGCGUGUGUCAUCAGGCCACUUCUUCAGGUUUUCAGUUAACCUGUGUAUCGACCACAUCCUGGCCUCCUCCUCCUCCUCAGUGUGAAAGACACCGAGAGAAUGUCUCUGUUGGUAGAUGAGAACACACACUAGCUGUUCAGAAACUGUAAUGGAACAAGUUAUCACCAAUAAAACGACAAGAAACUUACAGACCAUAA